CUUGGUGUCACAAAUCAUUUCCCAUGGUUAAGUUGAGAAGGCAAGAGAUUGACAUUUUUUGCCCCCCUGAUCUAAAUACAUGAUACAAAAGCGCUAGUGGAGAUCCCUUGCCUAUCAGAAACCAGAGCUUGGCAGUUGCAAGAAAAUAACAGCUGCUAGAGUGCUGCUAAGCAACAGCUUCAGCUUGUAUCUAGCAGCAGCAAAGAAAACAAGGCCUGAGUUAACAACUGAAGGAUAUUGGCAAAAUGGCCCAGAGUCAUUGACUACAGUUUGAUGGCAGUUUUUCUGGAACGUAUUGUUUGUAAUGACAACACAACAUUGAGGACCUGAAGAGGGAAGAGGACUACUUCCCAUUCUCUCACUUCUAAGAAAUAGAUUUUUAGUGAAUCUGAUGUGGACUGCCAGAGUACAAAAUGAAUAUCUGUUUCUCCUUCCUGAAGAUGAUGAUGUUUGUAUUUAAUGGAGUGAUCUUUCUAGGGGGCCUGGCUUUGCUGGGCAUUGGUAUCUGGGUGAAGGUAGAUGGUGAUUCCUUUGAGAAGAUCCUUGGAGUUGCUGCACCACAAAUGAUGCUUCUGCUCCAUGUGGGUUACCUGUGCAUAACAGUUGGCAGCAUCCUUUUCAUCAUGGGCUUUUUGGGAUGCUGGGGAGCUGUGAAAGAAAGCAGAUGUCUCCUGCUGGUAUUUUUUGCAGUUAUACUAGUAAUCUUCACAGCAGAAGUGGUGUGUGCUGUUGUGGUGCUGAUUUUCUCCACUGUGGCAAAUAUAUUUGUUGAACACUUGAAAAUCUGGGCCAUGAAGACUUUAAAAGAAGACUAUGGGAGGCAAGAAGACCUCACAGCCAUUUGGGACACUACAAUGAAACAGCUGAAGUGCUGUGGAUUCAACAAUUAUGCAGAUUUCAACAGUUCCUACUUCUAUCAAGCUCAUGAGAAAUAUCCUUCUCUUUGCUGUCUAUCCAGCAAGGAAUGCCAGCAAUUUGAAAUAGACCAUAAUAAGCAGGGCUGCUUGUUUGAAUUUGAGAUGUUUCUAAAGCACAAUGGGAAGAUUGUCGGAGCAGUGGCUCUAGCAGUUGGGAUGGUUGAGCUGGCUGCUAUGGUUGUCUCCUUGAUCCUCUAUUUUCAUAUUGGUACAAAGGUCUGAAGCAAAAUGCCAUCCCUUGGCCCGAUCAAGCACCAACCAAGUCAGUCUCUGUGCCUGCAGAGAAGAGACAGGACAAUUGUCCUUGUUCAUAAAUGAAAAAAAGCAGUAUCUUUCAGUGGCUCUGUAUAGCUAUAGAGCUACCACAUCUUGAACCUCUUUGAUAAUGUUAUUGAUCAAUCAUUAAUUUCCCCUUACUACUAUAAAAAUUAUCACAUAGUCAGACAUGCCAAGAAAAUAAAUAGGCUUCAUCUACUACUAUUUGUUCUAUGUGGUGGGAAGCCCAGGAAAUUUUUAGAAGGAACAUUGACUUUGAAAAACAGAACAUUAAAUAUGUUUGAGUGUUAUCUGUAAGGAUAUGUGCACAGGCUUAGCAGACCUGAUGAGAAUGCACACAGGGAAAUAGUACCAUUCCUAAAGCAGAUUAAGAAUGCAGCUGUAUAAAGUGUCUGUAAUUUCCUGUUUGGAAACUUUGAAUGAGGGCCAGGAAGAAUUGGUUCCCAGAAGUGACACAGUUAAUAGCCCAGUAGUGUUCCAUGACAAAGCAUGAGUUGUUUUAGUGCUGGCCUCAUAGAAUGGUUUGAAAAUAUACUGCAUGAGAUAGCAACUUAAAUGUAGGAUAGGCAAAUUUGCUGAUGCAGGCAUUGUGUCAUUAAUAAUAAUCUAACUCUCAAAACACUUUUUAUUAUAAUCUAACUGCUUUUGCCAUAAUUAUUUCUCCAAUGUUGAUGCAACCUUUUACUACUCAGUGAUUCUUUAUUCUGAAAGACAAAAUAUACUGUAAUUUCAAAUUAAAGAAACAUGUGCAAUA